UCGCCUUACUUUUGCUAAGUAUAGAUAAACGGUUUACCGUCUACCCGAUCCGAAGUCAAAACCGGGUUGAACAGUUUCUUAAACAAAUUUAACUUUUUUGUCGGUAUUCAAACCAUUGAACAAUGGAAAGGACAAUAGAAACCCACACCGUUGUCGUACAUAUUUGGAGACCUGAUAAGGAUCAUAUCGGACACAGCGCUUUGGAACUGAGUGAUGGUACCUACAUAAGCUGGUGGCCGGAGACCGAAUGUGAUGCCAACCACCCUAGAGUCAAAGCUGCUCCUAACACCUCACUCAGUCAGGAUAUUGAAGAAGAAGGCAAAAGACAUCCGAUUUCAUACACUAUCCAAGUUUCUUGCGAGGAACUGAACGCCAUUAAACGUUGGUGGGCUGGAUUCAAGUGUAAGGCGGAUUACCAAUUUGUUUCAAACAACUGCUCUACUGUUGCUUUCUAUGCACAAGAAGCUGCAUUUCCCUUUCUGACAGCCCUCAAUGGCGCAGUACCAGUUUGGGUACCACAAGCAGUAGAAAUGGUAGCUCAGGACCUGGCAGCUGGGAAAAGGAGCAUGGAUAAAAAGAGAAUCAAUGAAAUUAAGCAGGCUGCUAAAGAUGAGGUUAAAAGAAUAGCAGGUGCCCACGGAUACGGGGCAAAGAAAGUCAAUAGACUGAAGAUCGGAAUACAAGGAAGACGUUGACAUUUCGACAGUGCAAUGUAUAAAGCAAGAGUUACUUUACUGAUUUUUCACCUUUAUUUUCUCUUUGGAUCAGAUUCAUUUUAUCAUUCUGAACAUUUUAUAGAAUUUGAUAAUGCUUUAUCAUCUUUGCUUUAUACUCCUUGUAUACAAUACAUAUCAUCUUUAGCAAUUGUAUCAUAUGGUACAAAGCGGUUUUGCCAUCCGAAGGCAGAUCUGCUCAACAUUGUAUUUUCUUUAUGAAAUAAAUUUACCACAGAACUUCAUUUUUAGUAUUUUUCCCGCGCAAAUGAAACUGUUUUCUGUUAUUGAAAUAUACUAACUAAAUUUUUCACGAAAAGGGAUAACUCUUCUGUUUUUCAAUCUAACAAUGUCCUUCAAAUGAAUUUAAGUUAGAUUUUUUUAGAAAAUGCGUAGAUGUUAACUUUAUACCAAAUAUCUAACCUUGGGAGUAUAUGUAUACCAGUUGUAACCAGUUCAGAGACUGACCAUUUCAAUCAGUGUUUUUACAGAAUACUAUUUUUGUAGCUGUCUUUUUUAUUCUUUUAUUUUCCUUUUGGGAAUCAAGAGAAACAUUGAAAAAAAUCAAAGAAGUAAAAUACUUUAAAUCACAAAGCUAGGCACCCAUAAAAUUCAAUAUUGGCAGUCUCAUCAAAAUUUGUUUUUCUUUACAUACCAACCAAGGUAAUAUAUCAUUAAAAGGAAAUUUAGACCGAAAUGUAGACACAUGAUUAUGGACACAUUUUGUUCCCUAAAUCUUCAAAAUACAAUCUUACAAGUUAGGAUCUUAAAGCGCCAUUACCAUUUUAAUUAGGAAUAGAAUCAUGGAGAUAGAAGCAAGCUAUUACAGGCCUUCAUUCAAUUGUUUUCGAAAUUGUCUACUGUAUUUAUUUAUUAGAGAGGAAGCGUAUGAAUUUUAAUGAUUUGACCAUUCAUCUGAUGAGAAAAAAAAAACAGUAUUUGAUUCAUUGCCAUAAAUACUGUGAAGCAUACAUCCAAAGCCAGUUUUAAUAUCUUAAAACAAAACAAAACAAAACAAAUCA